GCGUAAACCACUGCCGUGACCUCAACUCCGCACGCAGCUCGCUACAUUGGGCCACUAGUCUGCCAGUCUGUAGCAGAACCCCGGAUAGAAGGUUGGCUACACGAUUCAAUCUUUUCAAGAUACCUUCCACACAAUUCUCCUCCCUACUGAUCUCCCGUUAUUUGUUUACACCGCUCGGAAAAACGAAUACCAUUAUCGCGCUACCUCCUCCGCGGUAAGCUGGCCUUUGCCAUUCUCAAUUUCGCAAUUACGAUGCAACUUAUCUAUCUACCCUUCAUGGUAAUUUAUACGCACGACUGCUAGAUAAAAGUCAUUGGACUUACAUUGCAUUCAUUUGACCGACAAUGGGUGACUUUGGAGGUCUCGCACGUCCUUCGAAGCGGAGAAAGGUCGUUGGGGCUGUUGGAGAUAAUACUAGAGGGGGAGGGGAGGAGACUUCAAUGAAUGGACAUGCUACUAUUACGAAUGAUAUGGCGAGUGUUACUAGGAGGGAGAAAGGUGUGAGGUUUGAGGUUGAGGGGUUGAAUGGGUUGAAUGGACAUGCGGCGGAGAACGGGGCGGAAGGAGAAGAUGGGAGGAGCGACCAGGGGGGUGGAGAUGAGGAGGGAGAGCCGCACAGGGAUAACAAACAUGAACCCGAGCCUUCACCCAAGUCGUCUGGACGGAGCUUGAGGUCUAGUACGCGCCUGAGGAAGCCGCCCACGCGGUAUGCGGAGGUUGAACCUGUUGAGAAGCCGAAGCGGUCUCUGCGGACGAGGAGGAAGGUGGGAGAAGUUCUGGGACAAGCGCAGGGGGAGGGUGAAGUUGAGAGUGUUGUGAGUCUUUCGAGGCCGAAGAGGCAAGGGAGAAUGGCGAAUGGAGCUCGGGCUGGGGCUGGGGUUGGAACGGGGAGCAGACCAGAUCCUAACGUACAUGCGGGACGAAUAUCGAGGGAAGGAAACGGGCGGCCUGCUGUCCAGAAUCGGGAAUCGAAUGGGGAUGAAGUGUGGGAAGUCCCUAGUGACGAUGAUGACGAUGACGAUGACGAUGGGGACCAAUUACAAGAUGGAGUUACAGAUGGGUUAGAGUUAGACCCGGCUGUCGAACAAGGAGACGACGGGGAAGAAGCGGUGGAGGGAGAAGAUGAAGUCGAGGCUGACCAUGAUAUGUCCGCCCUGCAGCUGCAGCAGGAACUCGUGGACAAUGACACUCCCGUGGCCGAACCGGAAGAAUUACCGCCAUAUGCUUACGAGUUCAAAAAAUUGUGCGAAGAGAGCGAGCUUGAGGGACAUGUCGGGUCUCUCGCAACCUUUAUUCUCAAAAAACUUACGGGUAAACACCCCAUCCCACUCCGGUGCCUAGACUCUCAAUAUCAAACGGUUCAUCAACUCGUUGAGCAGACUGUCGUUGCAGGAGAAGGCAACUCACUUCUUCUCCUUGGCUCGAGGGGCUGUGGGAAAACCGCAGUUGUGGAAGCCGUCAUUUCAUCUCUAGCAAAUAACCACAGGGAUGACUUCCACGUCGUGCGAUUGAACGGCUUUCUUCACACAGAUGACCGGAUUGCUCUGAGGGAGAUUUGGCGACAGCUCGGACGCGAAAUGAAUACGGAAGAUGAGACAAGCAAAACAAUCAGUUAUGCCGAUACGAUGGCAUCAUUGCUAGGCCUCCUCUCACACCCGGAAGAGCUGUUCGGGGUCUCUGAGGACCCCAAUGCCAUCGCUACGGCGAAGUCUGUCAUCAUUAUUUUGGAUGAGUUCGACCUAUUUGCGUACCAUCCGCGCCAGACUUUGUUGUAUAAUCUUUUUGAUAUUGCUCAGGCGAGAAAGGCUCCGCUGGCCGUCUUGGGACUGACGACUAAGGUCGAUGUCACGGAGAAUUUGGAGAAGAGGGUAAAGAGUAGAUUCAGUCAUCGAUAUGUGUUCCUGCCACGGCCGAGGAGCUUUAGUGAAUUCUCAGAGAUAUGCAAGGCGGGGAUUGCUCUAAGUGAAGAGGAACUUCCUAUGGUUGGUCUGGAUGAUCUGAAAAAUCGCGGAGGUAAACUGCUACUUGAUGGAUGGAAUGAAUAUAUCCAGAAUCUCUGGGCUGAUUCCGCCUUUGAAACCCAUCUCCAAAGAAUCUACCACCAAACCAAGUCCCCCAAGGAUUUCUUCACCAGCGCACUCCUCCCAAUCUCAACUCUCUACCACAGUAUACAACAACCAUCCAACACCAACGCACGGAAUCUCCAACCCCCGACCCCAAAAUCCUUCUCUUCCCACCCUCUCUCCUGCCUAGACCCCGCUCCCCUCCCCUUUCCCCCCGCAACCUCCUCAACAAGCAAUACUUCCCUCCCCCUCUCCCUCCUCCUUGCCGCCACCCGUUUAACCGCCCUACACGAUCCAGGGCUUAACGCUACCCAACCCCAAGCGCCAACCCCCCUCACCCUAUCCUUCCCCGCCGCUUAUGCAGAGUACGUCCGCCUGCUGACCUCUGCCAAAACAUCCGCGUCCGCGGCCGGUGCAGCAGCCACACCUGGCCGCGUAUGGGGCAAAGAUGUGGCUAGAGAAGCGUGGGAGCGUUUGGUGAACUGGGGGCUUGUGGUGCCUGUUGGCGGAGGGAGUGGAAUGGGGGAUGGCAGGAUGUUUAGGAUUGAGAUUAGCUUUGAGGAGGUGCUUGAUGGUGUUGGGGAUAGUGGUGUUGGUGCGCUGGGAAGGUGGUGGAGGGAGGUGUAGGUGUUUUUCCCUUUUCUUUGGGCGGGUGCUAUGGAUUUUUCUGUUCGGUGAUUUUGUGCCUUGUUGAGUUUUUUUUUUU